CUUACCCCUUUUCUCCCUCCGCCCCUUUACUCCCUCUGUACUGAAACUAGAUGUAGAAGGAGAAGCUUUAACACAGAGCGGAGUAGAAGCAGACAGAGUUUUUAUCCUUCACACGGGCUGCUGGUGGUGUUUUGUCUCAGACAUGGAGUCCUGCAGGGUUCCUCACCAUGUCCUGCUUUUAAUCAUCCUGAUGUUCAUCACAGUAUCUGAAUCAGCUUUCCCUGUACGCGGGAAGUUUAAUCAGACUGCUGAUCUGCGCUGUGAAUAUAAAUGUUCUGGUUUGGCCAAAUGGACUCUGUUCAGUAACGGAGAUGAUGUAGUGGCUGAGUGUGAUCAGACAUCCUGCAGGUCAGUAAAGGAGGGAUUUAAAAUGUCCCAUGAUCGGUACCUGAAGGGAGAUCUCACCCUCACCAUCACUGCAGCUGAUGACAGUAAGAGGAACACGUACACGUGUUGGUGUGGUGACGAAGACGUUGCUGAUGUGCGUCUCAGUAUCGAGCGGUUGAAAUCAUCACUUAAGAUAAAACAUGGUGGAGAUCUGAAGCUGGAUUUGCACGUGUCAGAGGGAGUGAAGGUGAUCUAUAAGGGUGAAGAUUCAGCAGAUCCACAUGGUGAGGAGAUCUGCAGUGUGGAUAAAAGCUCACUACACUGUACAGAUGAAUACACACCGAGAACAUCACUCUCUAACACAGUUCUUACACUGAGAGGAGUAAAGUCCACUGAUGGUGGUGUUUACAUCGUCCGAUACACGGAGAAUAAUGAAGCUCUUCAUACUUACGAAGUAUCAGUGAGAGAGACACAUUUGAACAGACAGCAGGAGAGCGCUAAACCAGUGUGGGCGAUGGUCCUGAUAGUGCUGGUGGUGCACUGGUUGUUGUGCUUGUUGUGAAAACAAACUCCGCCCCACUGAAGGAAACCUAGGAACAGCAAGAUGAGCUCAGAACCGACACGGAAUAAUAGUGAUAAGAAACCUCUGGAUGAAGAUGAAGGCCUACACCGGGAUGAAUCUGAGACAGCGCUGGACUCACACAAAGAGACUCAGAAAUCUCCAGGCCUCAUUUAUAAAGAGUUUCCCUCACAGAAACUGGGAUUUAUAAAGAAAUACUUUGUCUGAAAUUGGGUGUAUAUUUACAGAAGCUUUGCCCCAUGUGUAGAGCCAUCAGUAACAAUUUAGAAACAGCAGGAAUUAGCGACACCCUGUGGAUAUGGAGAGAAUUACAGCUAAACGUACAAAUCACUGCUUUAUACUUUACACUUGUUACAAGCCACUAAUCUACGUAGCCCCCCUAUUGUCAGGUAAGAAAAAAAAUACAGCCAUGUGUAAACCGUGCCCUCAGUUUUGUAAUCCAUACCCUCAGAUUUGUAAUCCGUGCCCUCAGAUUUGUAAUCCGUGCCCUCAGACAAUAGUAAUGGAGUCAGUAAGGGACCGUCUAAAAAGUGCAUGGCCUGGGUAAACUUGUGCCAUAUAAAAAUCUUAGACAGUUGCCCAGUGGUGGCUUAGUGGUUAGCAUGUUCACACCUCCAGCGUCUGGGGUUUGAUUCCCGCAGGAGCCAUGUGUGCGGAGUUUGCAUAUUCUCCCCGUCCUCCGGGUACUCCGGUUUCCUCCCCAGUCCAAAGACAUGCAUGGUAGGCUGAUUGGCGUGUCUGUAGUGUAUGAAUGGAUGUGAUUGUGCGAUGGACUGGCACCCUGUCCAGGGUGUACCCCGCCUUGUGCCCGAUGCUCCCUGGGAUUGGCUCCAGGUUCCCCUGUGACCCUAAAGAGGGAGUAAGUGCUAGAAGAUGGAUGGAUACAGUUACCCAGGUCAUGCACCUUUUAGACCGUUCUUUACUGACUCCAUUACUAUUGUCUGAGGGCACGGAUUACAAAUCUGAUGGUAUGGAUUACACAGGACUGUAUUUUUUUUUUCUUACCUGACACUAGGGGGGCUACGUACUUAUCUUUGGGAUGGAAAGCCUUUCUUUGUGUGUGUGUGUGUGUGUGUAUGUGUGUGUGUGUAUUGUGCCAUAUUUUGUGUGCAGGUCUGAACUCCCUCCCAGAGUUUCCAGCCUGCCUCCCUGCUUCCCAUGAUGACAUCACUGAAUGGUGACCAUAUUUAAAGAGGAAGAGGAGAAGAGAGCGAGGGGGAUGUUGGAGGUUGUUAUGUGUGAUGUUCGUGUUGCUUGUCCUUGUGGUUAUAGUAUUCUGUGUUCUGACUGCUGUUCUGGUUCUGACUUUUGCCUGGUUCUGACUAUGAGUUUGGUCCUCCCUGUACCUGUUUAUAUGUUUCACUCGGGUUACUGACACUAGGGGUGCGGCUGCCAUUUCUUUUGGGAGAGGGGUCCUUCUUGUCUCGGUUUUGGUUUAGGGAGUUAGGAAAGUACAUUUGAAUUGUUAUGUUUCUUUUAGUUAAACUAAAUCUCUAAAGAAUUCUUUUGUUUAUUAUUUUGGCCUUGGCCCACACUGAAGAUACGCCUGCUGUUGUGUUCUACGUACAGUUGUGUGUAUAUACACUUGCCUGUUUCACAAUAUACCACAACCUCACUGCAAUCUGUUGGUGUCUGUCAUUCCUGGCUUCCAUUAUUUAGAGAUCAUUUCCUUUGAACCGUGAGCUGGUUCUGUGCGGCCUGACCUGGACUGUGUUAUAACACACUUCAUAUCCAAUAAUGCAG